UUGGGGCUCAAUUUCCUAUUAAUACACACACCAUUCCAAUAACUUUUGAGGUGCAUAACACAAAACAAAUCCAAUCAGACAACAAUGGCUGCUUCUUCUUCUUCUUCUUUCUUUGCUUCUUCCAUUUUCUCCUCCCUCUCCGCCACCUCCUCCUCCUCCUCCUCCUCCUCAUCUCGUCUCCCCUUCCUCCCUACCAACUCAUCCUCGGCGCUUUUCCGAAAGUUGACCGCUCAUCAUCUUUCAAAACGGACUGUAUUAACAGUGAACGCAGUGAAAACUACAGAAUCGCCGGUCCUGCAAUCGCCGCAGAAGGUGAAAGAUGAGAUACGGACACGACCGGUGAUUUUGGUGGCGGAGAAGCUAGGAGAGAAGGGAUUGGAGUUGUUACGGGGCUUCGGAGAGGUGGAGUGUGCGUACGAUCUGAAACCAGAGGAGCUAUGCACGAAGAUCUCGGAGUGCGACGCGCUGAUCGUGAGGAGCGGGACGAAGGUGAGCCGGGAGGUGAUGGAGGCGGCGAAAGGGAGACUGAAAGUCGUGGGAAGAGCGGGAGUUGGGAUUGACAAUGUGGAUCUGCAAGCUGCGACGGAGUUAGGUUGCUUGGUGGUAAAUGCGCCGACGGCUAACACCGUAGCUGCGGCGGAGCAUAGCAUUGCAUUGCUCGCUUCAAUGGCAAGAAAUAUCCCUCAGGCUGAUGCCUCCGUCAAAGCUGGGAAAUGGCAAAGAAACAAGUAUGUGGGCGUGUCUAUGGUUGGAAAGACAUUGGCAGUGAUGGGAUUUGGAAAAGUAGGAUCAGAAGUUGCAAGACGUGCAAAAGGGCUAGGCAUGAACGUGAUUGCCCACGACCCAUAUGCCCCUGCCGAUAGAGCCCGUGCCAUUGGAGUGGAUUUGGUGUCCUUCGAACAAGCAAUCGCAGCGGCAGACUUCAUCUCUCUCCACAUGCCUCUCACUCCAUCCACUAGCAAGAUUUUCAACGACCAAUGUUUUGCAACCAUGAAGAAGGGAGUUCGUAUUAUCAAUGUCGCCAGGGGUGGAGUCAUUGAUGAAGAUGCAUUGCUCCGAGCACUCCUUUCUGGAAUUGUAGCUCAGGCAGCAUUAGAUGUUUUCACCGAGGAGCCCCCAUCUAAAGACUGUAAAUUAGUACAACAUGAGAAUGUAAUCGCCACCCCGCAUCUUGGAGCUAGCACAAAAGAAGCGCAGGAGGGUGUAGCCAUCGAAAUAGCGGAGGCUGUAGUAGGAGCAUUGCAGGGAGAGCUAUCUGCAACAGCUGUUAAUGCUCCCAUGGUUGCUCCAGAGGUUUUAUCGGAAUUGGCUCCUUAUGUUGUUCUAGCCGAGAAGCUAGGUAGGCUAGCCGUGCAAUUGGUAGGUGGAGGUAAAGGAAUCCAAUCUGUCAAGGUAGUUUAUAGAUCUGCAAGGGACCCAGAUGACUUGGACACCAGGCUGCUGCGAGCCAUGAUCACAAAAGGUAUCAUCGAGCCAAUAUCCUCCUCAUUCAUCAACCUGGUGAAUGCAGAUUACAUUGCCAAGCAAAAAGGCCUUCGUAUAAGUGAAGAACGCAUGGGUAUUGACUCCUCCCCGGAGUUCCCACUUGAUUCUAUCAAAGUGCAGAUAUCGAACGUGGAUUCCAAGUUUGCCAGUGCAGUUGCAGAGAAUGGAGACAUAAGCAUUGAAGGAAGAGUCAAGUAUGGGAUACCUCACUUGACUUGUGUGGGAUCUUUCGGAGUAGAUGUGAGCUUGGAGGGCAACCUCAUAUUGUGCAAGCAAGUGGAUCAGCCUGGCAUGAUCGGUCAGGUUGGAAACAUACUCGGCAACCACAAUGUUAAUGUCAGCUUCAUGAGUGUCGGCAGGACGAUUCAAAGGAAACAUGCCAUUAUGGCAAUUGGUGUUGAUGAAGAACCAGAGAAGGAAGCUCUUAACAAGAUUGGAAAGGUACCCGCCAUUGAAGAGUUUGUGUUUUUAAAACUAUAGAUAUACAUCAUUUUUCACAAAUUCUGCUCUAGAUUGCUCGCUAAAUGUAUCAUUUUUAAUGGGUUCUAGUAAUAUAUCCAUAUAGGUUUCGCAAGAGAGUAGAAAAUAAAAAAUUAGGAAUAAGUUUUAAGCUGAUUGUGACUUAGCAGCUACUGAUGAUAAUGUUAUGCUACUCUGCGAGGACUUGUUGUUGUA